AUGGCUCCUCUCUGGCCCCUCAUCCUGGUGACAGUCUCAGGAAUCCAAGCCACAGAUACAUCUCACCCCAGGAAUUCUGCUGUACAUCAUCUCACCAAGAAGCUACUACAGAAAUACCACAAGGAAGUGAGACCAGUUCACAACUGGAGCAAGGCCACAACUGUCUACCUCAAUCUAUUUGUACAUGCGGUACUGGAUGUGGAUGCACAGAAUCAAAAAUUAAAGACAAGCAUAUGGUACCGAGAGGUUUGGAAUGAUGAGUUUUUAUCCUGGAACACCAGUGUGUUUGAUGAGAUUAGAGAGAUCUCCUUACCUCUAAGUGCCAUCUGGGCCCCUGAUAUCAUCAUUAAUGAAUUCGUGGACAUUGAAAGCUCACCUGACUUUCCCUAUGUGUAUGUGAACUCAUCUGGGACCAUUAGGAACACUAAGCUCAUCCAGGUGGUGUCUGCAUGCAAUUUAGAGACAUAUGCGUUCCCAUUUGACAUCCAGAAUUGCAGCCUAACCUUCAGCAGCAUUCUACACACAGUGGAAGAUGUCGAUUUGGCCUUCCUGAGGAGCAGAGAGGACAUGGAGCAUGACAAAAAGUCAUUUCUGAAUGACAGUGAGUGGGAACUUCUUUCAGUGUCCUCAACAUACAACAUCCUGCAGAGCAGCGCUGGAGAUUUUGCCCAGAUUCAGUUCAAUAUGGUGAUUCGCAGGCGGCCGCUCGGCUACGUAGUGAGCCUUCUGAUUCCCAGUAUCUUCCUGAUGCUUGUGGACCUGGGGAGCUUCUACCUGCCACCCAACUGUCGUGCCAGGAUUGUGUUCAAGAGCAACGUGCUGGUGGGCUACACUGUCUUCAAGGUCAACAUGUCCGACGAGGUGCCCAGGAGUGCAGUGAGCACCCCUCUGAUUGGGAUUUUCUUUACUGUCUGCAUGAUCUUCUUGGUCCUCAGCUUAUCAAAAUCCAUCUUGUUGAUCAAUUUCCUCCAUGAUGAGCGGCGCAGGGAGCAGAAACAGCCCCUCUCAUGCCUUCAAGGGGACACCCAUGCUGAUGGGACUAGAAUGGACUUCAGGGCUGAGCUCGCUGGGGUAACAGACUCACCCGUUUGUCAAGAGCACCAGAUCCAGUUGGGGUCCCUGAAAGAAAUCUGGUCUCAGGUGCGAUCCAUAAGUGACAGUCUCCAGGCUCAGGAGCAAGCUGACCAACAGGAGAUCCGGUGGCUGACCCUCUUGUACCGCUUUGACCGCCUGCUCUUUCGAACCUAUGUCCUCGUGCUGGGCCUUUACUCGGUCACCCUGUGCUCCCUCUGGGCACUGUGGAGCACCUUGUGA